UGGAGUAUGUAUGCACGUGAGAGCUGUGUCAUUUGACACAGAUUUAUACCAGGGCAGUAUGCAUAUUUAAAGUUAAAUGCUACAAAGUAUUCCCAGGAGCAGCAUUAUUACUGAUAUGUAAUGGAAGAAGAAUUUCAUUUCGAUAGCAACUUGUCUGGUGAUGAGCACCGUACCACAGAACUGAGGAUUUUACUGCUGGGCAAUAAAGCAUCUGGCAAGAGUUCAUCUGGAAACACCAUUCUGGGCAAACAAGAGUUUAGUGUUAAAACCGCUCAAUGUGUUAAAAGGUGUGGAGAAGUAGAAGGAAGAAGGGUUACUGUGGUUGAAGCUCCGGGCUGGUGGAGAAAUUAUCUUAUCAAGGAUACACCAGCACUACAUACGGAAGAAAUUGUACUUAGUGCAUCUUUGUGUUCUCCUGGACCCCAUGCAGUGCUGAUAGUUGUGCGACUGGACUCAGACUUCACUGAAAUAAAUAGAAAUGCUGUUGAGGAGCGCCUUCAACUUUUGGGUAUGAACAUUUGGAAUCACUGUAUACUGCUGUUCACCCACGGGGACAGUCUGAAGGACACAAACAUUGAGGAGCACAUUAAAAACGAAGGAUGGCCUCUUGAAUGGAUCAUUGAAAAUUUUAAAAAAAGAUACCAUAUUUUUGACAAUGAGAAUAGAAGAGACAACAAACAGGUUAAAGAGUUGCUGCAGAAAAUUGAAGACGUGGUGGCAAAAAACAGUGGGCGUCAUCUUGAGGUAGGAUUGGGAUAUGAUAAGAUGCAACGGGGAAAAAAAGCUAAAGAAGACAGGGUAAAAGAACGACUUAUGGCUGUGAAAAAAUACUGGCAAGACAUUUCAUAUCUUACAGGUCCAAAACAAUCAGACUUGAGAAUUGUUCUUGUAGGCCACAGAUAUUCAGGAAAGAGCGCAGCAGGAAAUACAAUGUUGGGCAGACAGGAGUUUGAUUUAGUCAGAAGUUCUCAGGGUGUUUUAAGGCACGGAGAAGUGUCUGGGAGGCAGGUCACGGUUGUGGAGGCCCCAGGCUGGUGGAACAAUUAUCUCCCGAGGGAUUCACCUGAACUGUACAAACAAGAAUUUGUGUUAAGUGUGUCUCUAUGUCCACCAGGACCCCAUGUUUUUCUUGUGGUCAUAAGAGUAGAUGGCUCUUUUACAGCAAGAAAUGGAAGAGCCAUUAAGGAACACCUUGAGCUUCUUACCGAAAGAGUUUGGAACCACACAAUGGUAUUGUUUACAUAUGGAGACUGGCUUGGAGACACCACAAUUGAGCAGCACAUUGAAAGUGAGGGGCAAGCUCUGAAACAUCUUUUAGAUACCUGUGACAACCGAUAUCAUCUUCUCAAUAGUAAUGACACGAGUAACGACUCUCAGGUCACAGAGUUGCUAGAAAAGAUCGAGAAGAUGGCGUCUAGAAACGGUGCCCUUCAUUACGAGUUUGAUCAAGCGUUUCUGCAACAGAUAGAGGAGAGAAAGAGACAAACUCAAGAAUGUGGAAAGCAACGAAUGAUGAAAGCAAAAAACAAGGCAGAAAGUCAAGUUUUAAUGGAUGAUGCACGCUUUCUCCCGGAGCUGAGAAUUUUGCUGCUGGGGCUUCGAUAUUCUGGGAAAAGUUCAGCGGGAAAUACAAUAUUAGGCAAUGAGGAGUUGGUUGCAAAACCAGAUGUACAGUCAGUGACACAGAGAUCGGUAGGAAAGAGACACGUGACUGUGGUUGAAGCUCCAGGAUGGUGGAUAGCGGCUACAUUAAAUAAAAAGGAGAUUGUGCACAGUGUGAAAUUAUGUUCUCCGGGUCCCCAUGCCUUGCUUCUGGUCAUACAAGCAGACACCUCAUUCACAGAAGAAAUCAAAUUUGUUAUCGAACAGCACAUGGCAAAUCUGGGUGAAAGCGUGUGGAAUUACACUAUUGUGUUGUUCACAUGUGGAGACUGGUUGGGUGACAUCACCAUCGAGCAGCACAUUGAAAGUGAAGGCAAGGCCCUUCAGUGUCUGUUGGAGACAUGUAGGAACAGGUAUCAUGUUUUUAAUAACAUGAUAAAAGGUGAAGACACUCAGGUCAUAGAGUUGCUGGAGAAGAUCGAGGAGAUGGUAAAUGAGAAUGGCGGCCAUUUUCCCCACAUUCCAGACCACACCAGGGACUUUUCUAAAUCAUGUGUAUAUAGGAACACUUUGUGGAGACCUGAUAUUUAUAUCCGGGACAAUCAAAGUAUGCAGCACCCACCAACAAUUGGUGCCGACAGAUCUUUACCUAGCUCAGAUUAUGAUUCAUUCUCACGUUCUGGAUUCAGUCACAGUGGAUUACUAUCCUUAUCACUGAGCUCUGGGAUUGGCUCACUAAGAGAGCGACGGCUCAAAGCUUAUCAGAACAAGAGAGCAGAAGAGGACAGAUGCAGUAUACCAUCAAAAACAAGUAGAGAGGAAGUAGAUGAACAAGUUUGAUACUGUUGUUGAAACUGGCCUGUAAGGAUAGAUCAAAGGGACAGUAAGUAGAAUUUAUCCCCAUCUAGCGGUGAAAUUGUAUUUUGCAUUUUGCACGAAUAAUGCUCUGUAGCGCCUCGCCUUUCCAAAUGCGUGUUGCAACUACGGUAGCCGUUAUGUAUUCACUGAUCUCCUUGUCCGUUUCAGCUGGUUCUCGUGUUUUGAAUGAAAACGCGUUGUGGAAGCGAUUGGUAGGCUAGUGCUAUUUGUCCCUCUCUCUAUUAUAGUUUAUCAAUAUGGGUGAAUGACAUGGAAGCCUCCUUGGACAUACCCGUUCAAUGUAAGUAAAGCGAAGAAAUCUAAGCUUACAAAGAAAUGUCAGAUCACAUGCAGAGGUCAUUUGACACCAAUGUCUUUAUUUAUAAAUAAAGACAUUGAUUUUGAUUAAUAAAACACCUAAAAUCCUUACAAUCCCUUUAAAGAGAAAAAAAAUAAAUUCUGUCAUUAUGAACUAUCCCUUUAAAGAGUUUUGAUCUGGGUCUGUCUGUGUGUUUUAAAGAUGUUUCUACAUAAGAACAACAAUGGUUAUUGGAUAUGGUAAAAAAAUAAGUAAUUUUACAGCCUUUAUUUUUUGCAUAUAAA